UGUGAGUGACACUGCCCCCCCAAUGUCACUGUCCCCCCCAUGUCACUGUCCUCCCCAUGUCAUGACCCCCCCCACAUGUCACUGCCCGCACAUUUUAUGGCCCUCUAUGUCACUGUCCUCCCCAUGUCACUGACCCCCCCACAUGUCACUUUCCUCCCUAUGUCACUGCCCCCCCCCCAUGUCACUGUCCUCCCCAUGUCAGGCCCCACACAUGUCCCUAACCUCCCACAUGUCACUGCCCGCCCAAUUGCUCCCCCAUGUCACUGUCCUCUCCCAUGUCACGGCCCCCCCAUGUCACCGUCCUCUCCAUGUCAGUGCCUCCACUCAUGUCACAGCCCCCCCACGUCACUGUCCUCCCCAUGUCACUACCCACAUGUCACUGCCCCCCAACAUGUGACUGUCCUCCCAUGUCACUGCCCCCAAACA